AUGACUGUUUUUCUGUGUCAGCUGCCCCCCUGCCUGUCCCCCACUCACCUCCCCCUGCCACUCACCUCCCCCUGCCACUCACCCCUGCCACUCACCCCUGCCACUCACCUCCCCCUGCCACUCACCUCCCCCUGCCACUCACCUCCCCCUGCCACUCACCUCCCCCUGCCACUCACCUCCCCUGCCACUCACCCUGCCACUCACCUCCCCCUGCCACUCACCUCCCCCUGCGACUUGUCGGGUGCCUUGUCGCCUGACACGUGGCGCAUCAUGCCGGGCGGCCCACACACCUGCACACACGGGGUGAGUGAGGUGCAGCCACACGGGGUGAGUGAGAGGCAGGGCAGCCAGGGGCCACAGAGGCCAUGCUGCGAACCCAGCCACCCAGGGGGGACAAGGGCCCUCACGAGCACGAGGGAGUCGGGGGAUGGUGGUGGCAGCGCCUUGCGCAGCACGUCCGCCGUGAUGAACCCCUCCCCGCCCUUCCAUGCCGCCCCCGCCUCCGCGCGGUCCACCAUCAAGUACACCUGCUCCGCGUGGCGGGGUGUGGCGGAUGUGGAGGAAUGCGGGGACAACGUGGGAGGCGUGUGGAGUGCGAUGUGGUGUGCAUGGGUGGAGGCGCAGCACAGCAUGGGUGGAGGCGCAGCACAGCAUGGGUGGAGGCGCAGCACAGCAUUGCGAGAUGGUGAUGAGGGGUGA